GAGGUGUUCGACGGAAUGCGGAAGCCGAGGCUGUUGCAGUUCUGGAUGCGAGGCUAGUCUGUAGGGUGUUUGUGACUGGAUGGGCAUCGGCACCAACUAGGUCUGCUAAGCAAAUGGUGUGUCGCUGUGAUGCGUGCGGAGCUGGAACGGGGACAUUUGGCUCGAGUGUGCAAACCAGGAAGGCAUGGCGUCGCUGCAGUGCGUGCGAAGCUGGAACGGGGGCGAUUGGCUCAAGCGUGCAAACCAGGAAGGCAUUACCUUAAAGGCAUAAAAAAAUCACUACUUCAGUCACUAUCAAAGGAAGUUAGGGGGAGACCGAUGUUAACAUUUCUGAGGAAGCAGUGGAACAGAAACGGGUAUCUUCUCACCAAACGGAUAUCAGUAUGUGAUAAAAGAAGGCAUUAUCGGAGGUUGCAUCAUACACACGAGAUCAAGGAAUUUGGAAGAGAGGAAACAUAGAUAAGAAGGGGCUGUAUUAUUGUACCAUCUAAUUCUCAUUGAUAAUCU